GAUGUUUGCCGCCACAACUCCUGGCUCCAUAAUGACAGCCGAAUCCUCCUCUCACCAACUGGUGGGGUACGUCACUAAGAUGUACCCUACAUUCGGAUAUAUUAAUAACGAAAUUUUUUUCCAGAGAAAGUGUGUAAUUGGUCCUAUGGUUGAGGUAGGAGAUAAUGUUGCUGCAAGCGCAGUUUAUCAACCUCACAUGCCUAUAAAGUGGAGUGCCGAAAAAGUCUGGCGGGUUGAGGAACGUCGCGGCAAAUCUAGAGAUAAAGCAGAAGAAAGCAGCUACUGGAAGAGCCAGUCCCCGCGUAAACACUCUCCACGUGAUAACUACACUAAACCAGCAUCACGUGAACGAGAUGUUCAUCCAUCCAGCGGAGAUCAGCGACGAGUAGAUAAGAAGCGUUCUCAUGGUCUCAACAGAGAUGACCACUCAAUCAAAAAAUCUCCGAAUCGUGAUCGAAGAAGAACUCCUGUAGAUUCUGUCUCAACGCGACACUCCUCUCCCACGACUGACUUGUAUUGUAGGACUCCGAUCAACCCCAAACGUAUGCUGAAUGUGAAAGAAUACUUGUUCUCAGACCUACAAAGACGCUUCCCUAAUGUUCUCCCGCCAGUUGACUUGUAUCGAGUUAGAUGCAAUUGGCAAGAAUCAUUCCCAUUACUGCGACCUUUUCAGCCUCAAUACCUUACAACUUUCCAGAUAAUUAAAGAACCUGAAGAUGCUUGUGACGAUGUGCAUCAUUCUUACAACAAUGAUAGUGGUUUUGCUGCGUAUGUCUUACUUUUAUCACUCCCGGCAAUGGCAGAACUAAUGGAGAAGAUAGUUGUCCGAGCAGAGUCGCCUAGUCGUGUACGCGGCUCACUACGUAAGUACAUCAAGAUACUAGCUGCUGGAAAGGUUGAUGAAAGACUCAAGGCUAUUGGAGGUUCGUGGAGUCGUGAUUUAGACGGGCCAGACCCAGCUACAAAUCCUCAAACUCUUGUCAACACGGCUAUUCGUAAUUGUAAACAACUUAUUGGUCUCGAUUUAUCGUAUUGCACACAGUGGCACCGUUUCCUGGAGUUCCGCUAUAGUCGUACUGAAGGUUCAACUGCCCAACCAACCUCAGUCUUAUUUCCUGGCUCUCAACUUUGGGGUCGACCCGUCACAGAAUCUCCUGAAUCUGAUAUGAUUCCUCCAAGCAAACCAUUUCAUCAAAUUGUCGUAUAUUUUAUUCCAAAUGUUUGGUCACUCAUGCCUACAGACGAAGAAUGGUCGACUGUAAAGCUGGCUUAUGAAAAUAUCUUGGCUUCAAAAGAACCUAACGUAUUUCCAAUGACUCCUUCCAACUUGAAGAAGUUUUCUGGUUUAGAAUCUGCUUUUAAGGGAACUGGUGACGGGAAAUUUAAUGUGGCGAUUGAACUGGAUUCAAAUUCACUGAAAUCACCUACUCAAGACAAUGCAUAUGAAGAUUCCAAUGUGUCUAAAAUGGAUGAAGGCAACAAGUCAACCCUUCAAGCGCCUGUUGAAUUCCAUCGCUCUACCCCGUAUUUGGCUGGUCAGGAAACUGUUCCAAAAAUAGCAAUUAUCUCCGAGACAGAGGAUGGGUCCGAAUCUGUGGAUUUAGCAGCUCAAGGAAAUCCAAAUCAGGAGGGAACUGAUAAAUGCCAGAAAAAGCUUCAUACUGAACUUAACUUAGCUAGCAUGAAGGUUUCCGAACUGCGUGAACAGUUAAAAGCUCGUAAUUUGCCUACUGAGGGAGUAAGAGCUCAGUUGUUGACUCGUCUCAAAACGGCAAUCCAAGAAGAAGAAGAAAAGGAGUCGGCUAAGAAGGCUGAAAAAGAAAAAAUGGAGCAGGAAAAAACAUUACAGUCUGUGACUAUUGAUAAGUCACCCCAAGUUUCAGAAGAACAAAUAAAACCUUCAAAUACGGAGUCUGGAUCUAAACCAUGGACGGAUGCACCUAAGUUGACUCUCCGUGAUCUCCCUUCAAUAAUAAUCUUACGCAAGAAAACUGUCGACUUCACCGUACAGUCAGUUGGGCUUGAUGUUGUCAUGGAUUCAAAAUCUGAUUUUAUGGACUGUAGAUCAUAUGAAUUCAUGUUUUGCAUCCACACAAUCUUUGACAUGCUUCGCAGAGAUUCCGUAUUCACUUUAUUUCGUGCCCUUGUUACGGCUGCAGAUAGAGGAAUUUGCGCAAAACCUAGGAAACGCAGUGAACCCGAUUAUGUAGCUAAACGUGCUCGUUUAGAGCGUAAUGAAAGGACGUCUCUGGCAAAAGACGAGGAAUUUAAGGAAACUCCAUUGUAUACGACCGAUCUACCAUUGCUUUUUGCAUGCACAGUACUGGAUACAAGCUAUAAGAGUUAUUUCCUCUCGUCGGAGGUCGAGGACUUCAUUCUUUCACUAGGCUUGCCUAUCUCUCGAUAUCAGCUUCGAUCUCUCAUAUACAAAGUUCUUGAUCAUGGUCGUUUCCACUACCGUUCCUUGACGGAUUCAGAAGAACCUCUUUCUUUAGCGAAUAAAUCAUCUGUUAUAUUCUCCGAUAUAGACGAUGAUGAAUAUUUACUGGAACUUGUACGUGGAGGUGAUGCUAUUUUAGACGACCAAAUAGAUGCGCAACCUAGCGGAAGCAUCGUUGUACUUCAAAAGUCUGGCGAAUCAUUUAAUUCUCAGGCUAUCCAUCCCGAGGAAUAUCUCGGUCAUAUAAGAACGUCAGAACGCGAACACUCCAAACUGAUGACUCAAAUCCGACUUCAAGAACAGGAAAUUGCCCGUCUACGUGAAUCUGUUGCGGACUUCUCGGAACUGAAAGAUAAGUUGUCGAGAACUUCUUCAAGUAUGGAGGACUAUCGAAGACGAUAUAGGGAUGAACGGGACAAAGUUGACUCUCUAGCUCGUGUUUUGGAACAACAGGCAUCUGUUCUUGAUGCCUGUCGAUCGGCACUUCGACAAGCAUCCAGUCGUUUUUAUAUUCGUCACUCGGUUAAUGAGUCAUCUAAACAACUCAAGCGUUCAUUGUCACCUUGUUCAGUAUCUAGUAACAAGGAAUCUGUCAAGUCUACAAAGAAACUUAAUACUUCAGAUUCAUUUAAAAACGAUCUGUCAUUAUCUGAUUCGCUGAACGAAGGAAAUGUUCCUAAAGUUGCGGAAAUUGAUUCUGCUACAGUCAAGAAUGUGUGUGAACAAACUACUAUGGUUUCAAACGUCAGUUCCGAUGUUUCAGAAUAUAUUAUGAAUGGAUUAAAAACAGAAGAAGCUUUGGUUCCAUGCAACGCCAACGAGAAUGCUUCAACAGCUGUUGAUCAAAAAUGUUCCAUUGUCCCUACAGGAACAGAACCCCAAAUUACUUUAAGUUCAAGUGAAUGAAACUGAAUACGCCGCUUGUGGAUCCGUUUGGUGAUUAUUAGCUAUCCGUGCUACUGUUCAUUAAAAAUAAACACAUGAAAGCUUGGUUUUUAUUUUCAAAACUAAUUAAAAUAUACAUUUGUCUUGUUUU